AUGUUAUUGUGUUUUAAAAAAGUGAAAAUAACUUAUUGUGUAUAUAUUUAUUGGAUUAAUAAAACAAUAUAAUGAAUAACUUUAUAGUCAAUUGUGUAAUCAUUUUGAUUGUGAUAAACAUUUUCACGAUAUUAGCGAACGGUCUACUAUCCGGCUCACACGUACUGACAAUACCGGCCAAUACGACUAAACUGUUUGCCGUAUACGACAGCGCCGAUAGCCGUACGCCCGUAUGGGUCCGGUUCGUGACGGUUGGCCUCCAUUCACACCGACAUAACUUAACACUGUUUAAGCCAAACGACCGCAAGUCCAUCACCGGUCGCAAUGUAGGGCUGGUAUUGUUCACUGGUGUGGACAGUGGUCUCGUGCACAUCCAUAACCCUAAUGGUGUCGAUGUUAAUGCACUGGUAGUGACUGACCAACACGUGGCUUACGAUCCCAUACCCGGGGGCUGUUCACUGGAGUUCCCCUUAAAAGUAUCACCAUUUCUACGGCUAUACGAGAAUCAGUAUUUCAAUCGAUUGGAGUAUCAAUACGCGAGUAUCGGCUCAGCUAAAGAUUUAAAGCAUGUCAGCUGCGAGAAAAGUCAAUCGGAUAUAGAGUACAAUAUUUACGGCUAUUUUCUACGUGAGGGAGACUACACGGAAAAGGAGUACUUCCGGGCCAUUACUUUGAUGAGUAACAUAUCGGAUAUUAGCAACCAGGGUAGCAAGUUGAUGAACACAACGGCAUUACGAAAGUAUUUAUACGCCUAUACGGGUCGGCCCGUAGUCUACAACAUAAUCGCAACUUCACGACAGUUUAGCUCAGCCUACGUACCCAUUGUUACGUACGAUUGUGGCAAUGAUAGCAUUGAACACUGCGGUAAACAUGAAAUGCUAUUCUUUGGACUCAUCGACGGCUCAUUUAUUGCAUACUUACUACUCAUCAAAUACACUGAACUCAACCAGUCAUCCAUCAGGAUAUACACCAGUGCCACGGGUACUAUACUGGCACUGGUAUGGCUGGCCGUAUGGAAAAUACUACGCCAACCCCUACUAUCCCUAGUGCUAACCGGCCUGAGUCUGGGAUUCCUACUGAUGGCAACCCUACUAUUCACUACUAUUGGAAAUCUGGAGCUCUUUCAAAAUGACAUUAAUUACUGGCUUAUUAUGAGUUGUGCGGCUAUACUGGUCACCCUAUUUUUCCCAAUGGUAAACCCCGUAGCGUUGAGUGUCGUCUCGUCAUCGAUAGUGGGCUCAUAUGUGGCGGUAAUAGCGGUCGACCAUUACAUUUACGGCUCCCUGUCCUACAUCAUCAUAAAUGUAAUCAAGAGGGCUGACUAUAGUCUCAGUGCCUAUAAUACCGUUCCCUUUCAAAACAAAGACAUAAUAAUGGCAGUCAUUUGGCUACUACUGUCCCUCACGGGAAUAGUACUGCAAAUGCAUUACUCAACCACUGGUGGGCAGAGUAGGGGUCCAUUCCCUUCGGACACGUACUGUCACUCACACCGACACCAGGAAUCGUUGGAACGGUAUUACCGCCGGCGCUCUCAGUACGAGCCCUACGACAGUACGGAAAGUCAAUCAGGAGGUAGACGUAGGAGAUCUCGGCGAUCCAGGCGCUGGGAACCUGUGCCCGACCCACGAAGUUAUAGCUCUAGUGGACGGUUAGCUACAGCACCGGGAUUAGUGGUUGAUGAGCGGAGUGCCCUGCUACAACACCCUUAUUAUACGGGCACUAGUAAUACAACUACCACUACGGCUACCAUUAAUCCAUACAAUGAUAGUGUAAGUCAUCCGGGCUAUGGGGGUGUGUCCGCCCCUCCCUUACCAGACAGCACCGGUAGGAUUAGUCCGCCACCAGAUUAUAAUCAUUUAUACAUUACUAACACAAAUGGACGCGAAUAUCAAUCACUCUAA